AUGGAUAUUAUUAUUAAGCACUUUGAAAAUGCCUUGGUUGAAUAUGUAUCAGAUAAGGAAUUCUGCGCUCGAAUUCAGAAUGGUUGGGAUGCCUUUGAUAAAUAUUACAGCAAAUCAGAUGAUUCACCUCUUUAUGCUGCAGCACUUAUUCUUCAUCCAGCUCGCCGUAUAAGGUAUAUUCAGGCUAAUUGGAAAAAGAGCUGGCAAAAGCCUGCACUUUAG